AGCAGAAUGGCCGAGGAGUCGGGAAAUUUCACAGUAGAAACAAAGCAUAGGAACUGUCGUAUCACUGUUAAAGGGACAACAUUCUACGUGAAUGGGCACUUCUUAGCAGAAAUUUCUAAAUUUUUCGAUAUCGCCUUCUUUGGAGAGUUUGCUGAGGCUCGAGACAAGCUAAUUAGCUUGGAAAGCGAAACGCCAGCAGAUAUCGCACUCUUUCUAGACAUAGUACAUCCGGGUGGAAAAAAGAAAGUCACAGAAAAAAGUUGCGGAUUAAUGAUGCGUUACUCGGACAUCUGGGAUAUUCCUUCACUCAGGGAAAAGUGUAAAGAAUUUCUAUUGUACAAUUUCCCAAGGCUUCGACCGUCGUUUGAAACGACGUUGGGUCUCCUCGAGACCGCCUACCUCCACGGUUUUGAUCACUGCUCAGACCAAUUGAUCUCGCGCCUUGCUGGCUUUGGACAGGUAUUUCUCGAUCAGCAAGGAAUGCUCAAUAAAAUUGCUGACGCUCGCACCAUUGCUGCUUUAUUCUCAGCUGCUCCCAAGGAUAGAAUUAUUGUGAAGAAAUUUGCGCAUUGUCUAACGUCUCUGGGAAACAGGUCAACAAGAGAGUGCGUGAUUCUGAACUGCACGAAUCGGCCGUCUCACGUGUGUUCCGUGUGCAAACUCUAUCUUUGCUCUGCACAUCAGGACUACAUCCCUUGCACAAAAGAAGCCCAGUUCCCCACUUACAUCAAAAUUGUCCCAUUCAACAUCGGCUCAGCCAAAGUCGAUACAGAUCUGUUAUAUGGUAAGACUGGUGAGAGUAAGAGCGGUGAAAAGUAAAAAUGUUAGUUGUACAUUGUGUUGCUGAUUGAAAUUUGGUAUAAUUCUAAAUAAAG